AUUUAGUACACUUGAGCAGUUCAUGCCAUAAAUCCACACUCAAAAUCAGAGCGCGAACAAAAAAAAAACCGAAACGAAGGACGAGUGGUGUGCGCCAGAGAGACAGAACACAAUAACCACACACACAAAAUUCAGUCUUUUCAAACAGUCCAUAUACUAAAUGAGACUGAGUUGAAAACGAGUUUUCUGUUAGAUGAAUGGAAAAAGUGUAAUACGAUCAUAAAUUUAUUUAUGUUUGAACUUAUUCGGUCAAAAGUCAAAAACGAUUAAUUUUUUUCACUCUUGUUCGCAUUACUGCAUUCAGUGUGCGUGCUGACAUUGUAGUAUAAUAAAUUGUGUAGUGGGUGUUCGUCGUAGUUUUUAGCUCGAGCUUUCGUUCUUGCACAUUCUUGCCAAACAUUUAUCAUCGAAAAGUGUUUUUCUCCGAAGAAAAAAAAAACAAACAAAUUAAAUAAAAAAAAAAACAUAAAUUGUGUGCAACUUAAAAUGCAUUGUAUAUUAGAGAUGCUAAGAUGUUCAACAGCGACAUUAUUGCCGUUGAUAUUGGUGCUAUCAUUUGUAACCGUAAUUUCGGCUGACUGUGAUAAUUCCAUCGUACCUGAAUUGACAUUUCGUUUGGGUGGCAAUAAUCUCAAUUGGCCAUGCGAGGCAACAAAAAAUAUCUACAGCGGUUCUGGUCGUUAUAUUCCAAAAAGUGUAAUUGCAACACGUUCGCAAAUUUAUCGUGACACCGCUUUUGUUGCAAUUCCACGGUAUCGUGCUGGUGUACCAUUUACAUUGGGCCGUGUUGAUUUGAGAAAAGGUAAAUGUUCCGUACCAAUUGCACCAUAUCCAUGUUGGGCAUCACAAGACGAAGGCAAUUGCCAGGCACUUCAAAAUGUCGUCGAUAUUUAUCUUGAUCGGCAGAGUACACUUUGGGUCUUGGACACCGGAAUCGUAAACAAUUUAGCACAGCCAAUUAAACGUUGUUCACCAAAAGUCGUCGCUAUCGAUGUUCCAAGUGGUAAAAUUGUAAAAACAAUCGAUCUCUCGAGUUUAGUUGUGUCCGCAUCACGAUUACAGUAUUUAGCCGUUGACUACGAUAAAAAUGGGCAUGCAUUCCUUUAUAUCGCGGAUGCUGGCACCAGAGCUAUACUUGUACAUGAUUGCACAGAGAACAAAGGUCAUCGUGUCGUUUUACCAGCUGCUGUCGUUGCUGGUUCAAAUCGUAACGAUGUGUUAUACAUGUCAUUAGUGCGAAAAACCGAUGGUGUGAAUGUGCUAUAUUUCACAUAUUUGGGCGCCGCCCGACUAUUUUCAAUCAAAACCGAACAAUUACGCCAAGGUCUUGGAUCGGGAGCGGUUGUUGAUGUUGGACCAAAACCCGAUGAUCAACCGGUCGUAUUGCUUGGCACCGACAACGGAUCAUCAUUGUUUUUCCGUUAUAAAGGACAGUCGAAUAUUAUGAUGUGGAACACAGAGACCUGUUUCAAACCGGCCAAUUUCAUCGAAGUACAAAAAGGUGCAGAGUGUCGAUUAGCCACACAGGUAAUGCCCGGCCAUAAACGCUAUAUGUGGACCAUGGAGAGCAAUUUCCAUGAUUACAUCACGAAUACGGUCGGUUGUGGCGGUGCAUCAAUGGUUAUUCAUCCAAUUAUUAAAGAAUCUCAUGAUUAAUUGCAGAUAAAUUUCUUUUUUGUAAUUAAUUAAUUGUAAAGCGCACUUGGUUUUCACGUAUUGUAACUAUUAUUAAUAUUAUUAUUAUUUUUUUCGAAUAAAAAAAAAACAAUAAAUAUUUAUUAUUCAAUUAAACGGUUGAUAUA